AUGGUGUGUCAGAUCCUGCCCAAGGGGGUGGUCUCGGUGCUGGGUCCGGCCGCCAGCCCGGCAGCCGCGGCCACCGUCAGCCACAUCUGCGGCCUGCUGCGGCUGGAGGAGCUGGUGCGGCAGUUCCUCAUCUCCCGCGAGUCGCUCUCCGUGCGCGUCCUGGACGCCGAGCAGGACCCGACGCCGCUGCUCAAGGAGAUCCGCGACGACAAAGUUCCCACCAUCAUCAUCGACGGCAGCGCCGCCACCGCCGGGCUGGUGCUCGCCAAGGCCUCGGAGCUGGGGAUGACGUCGACGUUCUACAAAUACAUCCUGACCACCAUGGUGGAGUACGACGGGCUGACCGGACGCGUGGAGUUCAACAGCAAAGGGCAGCGCACCAAUUACAGCCUGAGGGUCCUGGAGAAGGGCCGGGAUGGACACCGGGAGGUGGGGGUGUGGUUCUCCAACCGGACGCUGGCCAUGGACGAGGCCACGCUGGCCCUGAACGCCUCGGACAGCCUGGCCAACAAAACCCUCAUCAUCACCACCAUACUGGAGAACCCGUACGUGAUGCGGGUGGGCGGCGCGGGCGGCCCCGAGCGUUACGAGGGGUUUUGCGUGGACAUGCUGCGGGAGCUGGCGGCGCUGCUCAAGUUCCGCUUCCACAUCAAACUGGUGGAGGACGGGCUCUACGGGGCCCCCGAGCCCAACGGCUCCUGGACCGGGAUGGUGGGAGAGCUCAUCAACAGGAAAGCCGAUCUGGCGGUGGCCGCGUUCACCAUCACGGCCGAGCGGGAGAAGGUGAUCGACUUCUCCAAACCCUUCAUGACCCUGGGCAUCAGCAUCCUGUACCGCGUGCACAUGGGCCGCAAGCCGGGGUAUUUCUCCUUCCUAGACCCCUUCUCGCCGGCCGUGUGGCUCUUCAUGCUCCUCGCCUACCUGGCCGUCAGCUGCGUGCUCUUCCUGGCCGCCAGGCUGAGCCCGUACGAGUGGUACAACCCCCACCCGUGCCUGCGGGAGCGGCCGGGGCUGCUGGAGAACCAGUACACGCUGGGGAACAGCCUCUGGUUCCCGGUGGGCGGCUUCCUGCAGCAGGGGGCCGAGGUUCUGCCCCGCGCCCUGUCCACGCGCUGCGUCAGCGGGGUCUGGUGGGCCUUCACCCUCAUCAUCAUCUCGUCGUACACGGCCAACCUGGCGGCGUUCCUGACCGUGCAGCGCAUGGAGGUGCCGGUGGAAUCGGCCGACGACCUCGCCGACCAAACCAACAUCGAGUACGGCACCAUCCACGCCGGCUCCACCAUGACCUUCUUCCAGAACUCGCGCUACCAGACGUACCAGCGGAUGUGGAACUACAUGCACUCCAAGCAGCCCAGCGUCUUCGUCAAGAGCACCGAGGAGGGCAUCGCGCGCGUCCUCAACUCCAAGUACGCCUUCCUGCUGGAGUCCACCAUGAACGAGUACCACCGGCGCCACAACUGCAACCUGACGCAGAUCGGGGGGCUGCUGGACACCAAGGGCUACGGCAUCGGCAUGCCGCUGGGGUCGCCGUUCCGCGAUGAGAUCACGUUGGCCAUCCUGCAGCUGCAGGAGAACAACCGGCUGGAGAUCCUCAAGAGGAAGUGGUGGGAAGGGGGGCACUGCCCCAAGGAAGAGGAUCACCGCGCCAAAGGGCUGGGCAUGGAGAACAUUGGUGGCAUCUUCGUGGUGCUGGUUUGCGGCCUGGUCGUGGCCAUCUUGGUGGCCGUCAUGGAGUUCGUGUGGUCCACGCGGCGCUCGGCCGAGACCGAGGAGGUUUUCUUUUUGGCGGGGGUGUGA